AGCCAGAGACAAGCGCACAGAAUGAGAGGCGGAGCUCGUGCCCUCCUGGCACUGGCCACUCUCGCCGCCGGCCUCCUCCUCGUUUCCGGCGAUCCCCAGGCGAGUUGCAGCAAAUCCUGUGUCGCCAUGAACUGCAAUUCUAUGGGGAUCAGAUAUGGGAAGUUUUGUGGGGUGGGAUGGACGGGUUGUGCUGGGGAGAAGCCAUGUGAUGAACUUGAUUCUUGUUGUAAGAUCCAUGACGAAUGUGUUGAGAAAAAAGGGAUAAUGAGCGUAAAGUGCCACGAGAAAUUCAAGAACUGCAUCAAAAGAGUGAAGAAAUCCGGGAAGGUUGGAUUCUCCAAAGAUUGUCCUUAUGAAGUAGCAAUGCCUACGAUGAUCCAAGGUAUGGACAUGGCCAUAUUAUUCAGCCAAUUUGGUGGCCCAAAUGAUGAACUAUGAUUCUGUAAUUGAUGUAUGCUGUCAAAAAAUUAAACAUUCUGUAGUUCAACAAAAAGAAAUCUAUGAUUCUUCAACAAUGUUUAUGAUUUUUCUGUAAAGAAAGAUUCAUUAGCAUCAAAUUAGAGGUUCUUGGAAAUUCAGAAGAUGAUAAAUGAAAGAUUCAUCAUGUACUUUGUUUGGUUGGCAAUUCUCUGUAAACCAAGAAACAAUGUCCGUAGUUUUUCUUUUAAAAAGAGGUUUAUUGGCAGCAAAUUGAAGGUUCUUGGAAAGUUGG